CUUAACGAGCGAGCGAGUAAAAUCCCAGUGAUCAUCCGGGUCAGGUCGAGGAGGUGUAAUUGAGGUUCGUCAGCCAUACCCUCGCCGAUGGCCUCAGAUUCCGCCAGCACUUCAACCAUGAAUAACGGUGAACAGCAGUGGGAUGAGGCUGGAGGAAUGAAGCAGGAUGGAGGAAUGAAACGGGGGGAAAGAAGGCAACAGGAGGAAGGAAAGCAGCAGAGGAAAGGAAGGAAGCAUAAGCGUAGGCAGGAGAAGGAAGGCAGCCAGGAGAAGGAAGGCAGCCAGGAGAAGGAAGGCAGCCAGGAGAAGGAAGGCAGCCAGGAGAAGGAAGGCAGCCAGGAGAAGGAACGAAGCCAGGAGAUGGAAGGCAGCCAGGAGAAGGAAGGCAGCCAGGAGAAGGAACGAAGCCAGGUGGAGGAAGGCAGCCAGGAGAAGAAAGGCAGCCAGGAGAAGAAAGGCAGCCAGGAGAAGGAAGGCAGCCAGGAGAAGGAAGGCAGCCAGGAGAAGGAAGGCAGCCAGGAGAAGGAAGGCAGCCAGGAGAAGGAAGGCAGCCAGGAGAAGGAAGGCAGCCAGGAGAAGGAAGGCAGCCAGGAGAAGGAAGGCAGCCAGGAGAAGGAAGGCAGCCAGGAGAAGGAAGGCAGCCAGGAGAAGGAAGGCAGCCAGGAGAUGGAAGGCAGCCAGGAGAUGGAAGGCAGCCAGGAGAUGGAAGGCAGCCAGGAGAUGGAAGGCAGCCAGGAGAUGGAAGGCAGCCAGGAGAUGGAAGGCAGCCAGGAGAUGGAAGGCAGCCAGGAGAUGGAAGGCAGCCAGGAGAUGGAAGGCAGCCAGGAGAAGGACGGCAGCCAGGAGAUGGAAGGCAGGCAGGAGAUGGAAGGCAGGCAGGAGAUGGAAGGCAGCCAGGAGAUGGAAGGCAGGCAGGAGGAGGAGGAGGAAGGGCAGGAGGAAGAGGAGGAAGGCAGCCAGGUGAAGGAAGGCAAGCAGGAGGAGGAAAAAGGCAGGCAGCAGGAGGGAGUCAUUCAGCAGGGUGAAUGGAAGCAGCAGGAGAGGGAAGUAAAACAGGUGAAGGAAGGAAAGAAGCGUAAGCGGAAGCAGGGAGAAGGAAUGAAGCAGAAGCAGCAUGUAGGAAGGAAACAUGUGAAUGCUUCACCAGAGAUGCUCAAGCAUCCUCUUAAAAACACCUGGACAAUGUGGUAUUUCAAGAUAGAAACUAACCGACCUUGGGAGGAAUGUCAGACAGAAAUAACCAGCUUCAACACUGUCGAGGACUUCUGGGCAUUGUAUCAUCAUAUUGAGCCUCCCUCACAUUUAAAAGCUGGGCGUGAUUACUCUCUGUUUAAGAAAGGAAUCAAACCCAUGUGGGAAGAUGAGUAUAAUUGUCAAGGGGGUCGCUGGCUACUCAGUAUCAGCAAACAGCAACGUUCUUCAGACCUAGAUGACUUGUGGUUGGAAGUGCUGCUGCUAAUGAUUGGUGAAGCUUUUGAUAAUGCUGGUGAAGAAGUGUGUGGAGCUGUUGUAAAUAUUCGCAGUAAGGGAGACAAGAUAGGUGUGUGGACUGCAGAUUCAACAAAGAGAGAGAGCAUUCUUAAGAUUGGUGAGAUGUGUAAAGCUGCAAUGAAAAGAGACUUGGCUCAAUCUUUUAACUACCAAGCACAUGCUGCCCAGUUAAGAAAGGGCUCAAAUGUACGCAGCAUGUACACCAUUUAAACAAAAGUAAUGAACCAUAGCUGAAGAAUAUGAAUAUAUAUAUACUGUAUCAGUAUUGAAUAAUGUCAAACUUUCCCUAUCUGGAUACUGUACAUAAAAUUUUUUAUUAUACUGUAUUUUUAUUUCUAAAACUGUAUCUUACAGUAUAAAUUGAUGAAUUGUCGUCUUUAAUUAGAAAGAUGGUUAAAAAUGUAGUAUUUAAGUUCCUUUAUCUAUGCAAGAAAAGAAUGCCAUGUUGUACUGUUUUUCUAUACAGUAGUUUAAUAACAAACUGUUCUUUAUUAAUAUUUUCAUUGUUGUACCAGGUAUGUUGCCACAACUGGCAACCUUGGUAUGAAUACUUUUCGUAUAAAAUCUAAAAGUUUUAAUUUAGUUACAGUACUUUACACUCGAGUAAAAUUGAGAAGAAUUUUAUUAUGAAAAUAUAUAUAUACAGUAUAUAUAUACAAUAGUUAUAUUAAAUUGUAUGUUCACUUCAUUUUUUUUGGUCCCCCUAGUCUGCAUAGCAUUGCAAGUAAAUCUUAACUAACAAAUUUGGUCACAACAUGAUUUAUUAUUAUUAUUAUUUAACAAAAUAUAAGCUAGAAUUUACAAGUUAAUAUGCAAUUGCAGUUUUGAGUUUUAUCAAAUAUUGAGUAAUGUUAUAUAUUACCAUGUUUAAGCACUUCAAUAUGAAUGUUUUUCUGAAACAAGAUUAAAAUAUUUAAGUUUUCUUGUAUUUGGCUUUCAUUUAGGUAUAUAAUACAUGUAAAUACCGUAUGAGAUAUUGGAAGUUUGAA